CGAAUUUACCGGUUUCUGACCCAUAACUAUUGCCAGGAAACAUCAGUAAUCAACCAUUUUAAUGAUAACUAUAUAUAAAGUCAAUUAUUAGGGUGGAGGAGACAGUUUUUGGUGGGAAGUCGGCAAAUAUAACCCUGAGUACGACAAUCUGGCAACGUUGCUCGGGACUCGGGAGGAAGAGGAUGGUAGGCUCUAUGGUGCCAUGGCCUGACCAUCCCCUUGAACGCUGAGGAGGAAGACUGCCAGGCUGCGAGGCGAUACAGGACAAGAGUGUCUGCCGCGGCUUAUUGGGGGUGCUGAGGCCAAGGUCAGCAGCACUGCCGGUACACCUCACUGCUUCCCUCAGCACUGCAGCUCACCUUGCCUUGGGGGCUCCUACAGGAGUGGCCCAUGCUGCCCCCCCUCCCCCUCCCACCUCCAGAGUUGUCUGCCAGGAGUGGUGCCACAAUGGAGGGUGUGAGGCCAGGCAGCGACACAGACAGCCCGGGCCAGCGGCAGGCAGCCUCAGGUGAACGGAGCAGCCAGGCCAGACACACCCACUCCCAGGCAGGCGAGGAAAGGCUCGGGUGUGUGCAGGCUGUGUGCACCAGCCAGGCCAGACACACCCACUCCCAGGCAGGCGAGGAAAGGCUCGGGUGUGUGCAGGCUGUGUGCACCAGCCAGGCCAGACACACCCACUCCCAGGCAGGCGAGGAAAGGCUCAGGUGUGUGCAGGCUGGGCAGAGGCUCACUGCUGAGGGUGGCAGCACUGAACACCCCCCCACACACACUGCUGUUAGGAACUUUGAGUGUGAACUGUGUGGAAAGAGAUUUACUUGUAUGUCUCGCCUCAAAACACACAUCCUUAGCCACACUGGCACUAAAAACUUUGAGUGUGAACUGUGUGGGAAUAAGUUUAUUGCUAAAAGUUCCCUCAAAAUACACAUGGUCAUCCACACUGGUGUUAAAAACUUUGAGUGUGAACAGUGUGGGAAAAAGUUUAUGUCUAAAUAUUACCUCAGUAAACACAUACUCAUCCACACUGGUGUUAAAAACUUUGAGUGUGAACACUGUGGGAAAAAGUUUAUUACUAAAAGUAAACUCAAAUCACACAUCCUCACCCACACUGGUGUUAAAAACUUUGAAUGUGAACUGUGUGGGAAAAAGUUUACUGCUAAAGAUUCCAUCAAAACACACAUGGUCAUCCACACUGGUGUUAAAAACUUUGAGUGUGAACAGUGUGGGAGAAAGUUUAAUGAUAGAAAUUCCGUCAAAAGACACACGCUCACUCACACUGGUGUUAAAAACUUUGAGUGUGAACAGUGUGGGAAAAAGUUUGCUCUUAAAGCUGGCCUCAAGAAACACACGCUCAUCCACGCUGCCAUUAAAAAUAUUGAAUGUGAAGAGUGCGGGGAAAAGUUUGUUCGUAAAGCUGGCCUCAAAAGACACAUGCUCAUCCACACUGCUGUUAGAAAUGAGUGUGAACACUGUGGGGAAAAGUUUACUAGGAUAAAGUCCUUCAAAUCACAUAUGCUUACCCAUGCUGUUUUUGAGUGUGAAGUGUGUGGGAAAAAGCUUGCUACUAAGGGUACCCUCAAACUACACAUGCUCAUCCAUGCUGGUGUUAAGAACUUUGAGUGUGAAUACUGUGGGAAAAAAUUCAUAACUAAAGGUAACCUCAAAUCACACUUGUUCCUCCACACUGCUGUUAGUAACUUUGAGUGUGAACAGUGUGGGAAAAAGUUCAUUACUAAAAGUAGCCUCAACAAACACAUGGUGGUCCACAGUGCUGUUAGUAACUUUGAGUGUGAACAGUGUGGGAAAAAGUUCAUUACUAAAAGUAGCCUCAACAAACACAUGGUGGUCCACAGUGCUGUUAGUAACUUUGAGAGUGAACAGUGUGGGGAAAAGUUCAUUACUAAAAGUAGCCUCAACAAACACAUGGUUGUCCACAGUGCUGUUAGUAACUUUGAGAGUGAACAGUGUGGGGAAAAGUUCAUUACUAAAAGUAGCCUCAACAAACACAUGGUUGUCCACAGUGCUGUUAGUAACUUUGAGAGUGAACAGUGUGGGGAAAAGUUUACUGCUAAAAGUACACUCGAAACACACACGGCCGUGCACACCAGUGGUAGAAAGUUUGAGUGUGAACACUGUGGGAAAAUAUUUGAACAUGAAUGUCGCCUCAGAAGACAUAUGCUUACCCAUACAGGCGCCAGAGCCUUUGAGUGUGAACAGUGUGGGAAAAAGUUUGCUCAUAACUUUAGCCUCACAAAACACAUGCUUACCCAUACAAGCACUAAACCCCUUGAGAGUGAACAGUGUGGGGAAAAGGUUGCUCAUAACUUUGACCUCACAAGACACAUGCUUACUCAUACAGGCACUAAACCCCUUGAGAGUGAACAGUGUGGGGAAAAGGUUGCUCAUAACUUUGACCUCACAAGACACAUGCUUACCCAUACAGGCACUAAACCCCUUGAGAGUGAACAGUGUGGGGAAAAGGUUGCUCAUAACUUUAGCCUCACAAAACACAUGCUUACCCAUACAGGCACUAAACCCCUUGAGAGUGAACAGUGUGGGGAAAAGGUUGCUCAUAACUUUAGCCUCACAAAACACAUGCUCACCCAUACAGGCACUAAACCCCUUGAGAGUGAACAGUGUGGGGAAAAGGUUGCUCAUAACUUUGACCUCACAAGACACAUGCUUACCCAUACAGGCACUAAACCCCUUGAGAGUGAACAGUGUGGGGAAAAGGUUGCUCAUAACUUUAGCCUCACAAAACACAUGCUCACCCAUACAGGCACUAAACCCCUUGAGAGUGAACAGUGUGGGGAAAAGGUUGCUCAUAACUUUGACCUCACAAGACACAUGCUUACCCAUACAGGCACUAAACCCCUUGAGAGUGAACAGUGUGGGGAGAAGGUUGCUCAUAACUUUGACCUCACAAGACACAUGCUUACCCAUACAGGCACUAAAACCCUUGAGAGUGAACAGUGUGGGGAAAAGGUUGCUCAUAACUUUGACCUCACAAGACACAUGCUCACCCAUACAGGCACUAAAACCCUUGAGAGUGAACAGUGUGGGGAGAAGGAUGCUCAUAACUUUGACCUCACAAGACACAUGCUUACCCUUACAGGCAAUAAAGCCCUUGAGAGUGAACAGUGUGGGGAAAAGGUUGCUCAUAACUUUGACCUCACAAAACACAUGCUCACCCAUACAGGCACUAAACCCCUUGAGAGUGAACAGGACCAGAGCCUUCAAGUGUGA